AUGAGCCCCCUCCUCCCUCGGCUUUCGCUCUACUCUGUGACCCAUCUUGCACCUCCCAAAGCCCACAACAGACGCUCGGUGUGUGAAGGGGGUCAGGAGUUCAGAGCUGGCUGGGGCUCCAUCCCUCCCUCUCUACACAAGAGGCCUGCCCCAGAUGAGUUUGCGCCAUUAGUCACUCACACUGGAGAUCUCUGCACCAGUCCAUCACCUCGGCUCGCGUGUUGGCCCCAGGGACGGCCUAUGACGACUGAAGCAGGACCCGAGGAGAGGGGUACAGCGGCCGGGCAGAUGGGACGACUGGAGCGCAGACAAAUGUGGUCCCAGUAUUUCCAGUGUACAGUAAGAAAGAACAUGUCAGGGUGA